GUGUAGCCCGGGUCCCCUCCCCCCCCCCGCUGGCCGGGUGGUGGUUCGGUCUGGAUCGCGCUCUCCGGAAGUGUCGAGGCAGCUGGAGCAGCCGCCGCUUUCUGCCAGUCCCGUUCGGACCUGAGUCUGUGCUGCAGCCGCCAGCUUCUGCAAACAGGAUAGAUUUUACCCUGUCCCUGGUUUCACGUGACCCGGCUACCUUUGGACUUCUCACUAUAAGAAACUUACACAGUUUGGAAACUCACGGAAUAGCUCGGGUGGAAAGAGGUGCAGACACCUAACCUUACUACAUAAGCUGCCUUAAUACAUCAACCUUGCAAAACUUGCUUGGGAAUCCAACAGCCAUCAUGUCUAGCAAAAGAGCAAAAACAAAGACCACUAAGAAGCGCCCUCAGCGCGCAACCUCCAAUGUGUUUGCAAUGUUCGAUCAGUCACAGAUUCAAGAAUUCAAAGAGGCCUUCAACAUGAUUGAUCAGAAUAGAGAUGGUUUCAUUGACAAAGAAGAUCUGCAUGAUAUGCUCGCUUCCCUUGGAAAGAAUCCAACUGACGAAUACCUAGAUGCUAUGAUGAAUGAAGCUCCAGGCCCCAUAAACUUCACUAUGUUCCUUACAAUGUUUGGAGAAAAACUAAAUGGCACAGAUCCAGAAGAUGUAAUCAGAAAUGCUUUUGCUUGCUUUGACGAAGAAGCAACAGGGUUCAUUCAAGAAGAUUAUCUGAGAGAGCUGCUGACGACAAUGGGAGACAGAUUUACAGAUGAAGAAGUAGAUGAGCUGUACAGAGAGGCACCAAUUGACAAAAAGGGCAAUUUCAAUUACAUUGAAUUCACACGCAUCCUUAAACACGGAGCAAAAGACAAGGAUGAUUGAACAAAAUUUCAGACACCUGCAGCUAGCUCUAGUUUUCACUUGCGUUUAUUUUUGAGGGUUUUUUCCUGGUAGAACCUGUUGCAUGCAUCUAGCUUUUACAGCUUUUGCCUUUCUCAGUAUAUUUAUCUAUUCCAGGCCAUUCUGGCACAUUUGCACCUGUGUAAUCAAGCUGGAUGUGGGGGAUGAUAUUGUGGUGAAAAGAAUCUGGGGACAAAGAUCAAUGAAUUUGAAGGCCCAGGAAAAAAGUCUCAAUGUUUCUGGUUUAGCUGGAUUUUUACAUUUUUUGUAAUAAAAAUGUCCUUUUGAAAUAAAGAUUGCUAUAUAAAUAAAAUA